CGUGUGGUGCUCAAUUUCUGCCUCCUUGAGGUCGCCUUCCAUUGGGCGGAACCCAUGGACAGGAGUGUGGAGGACGAGAUCCCGGACGACGAGGUAGAUUUGCUGCUCAUCCAAGGGUGGAGAACAAACACGGAGGGAGAUCUUUUUGGGAUCGUGUUUAGAGGAGUGCGCAACGGUCAUCUGAGUUCCAUAACGGACGAGCUGCUGGUGUUUCUAACCCAAGUACUCGACGACCUGCCGUUGGAGAUCCUCUUGCACUGUGACGAGAGAUCAGGGACAACCACGCUUACUCGUACCCUCGAGCCGCAUCUUCUUUGGUCCACUUGUACGAAACUGGAGGAGGAAAGUUAUUGCGUGCCCUCGACGGGUGCGUAUCUACACGUCGACAUCACCGAUCUUUCCACGUGGGACCCGCUCAUCUGGCGCGCUCCCGCAGAAGGGAUGAGUGAAGAAGAGGAGGACGACGACGAAGAAGAAGUAUCGGCAGAGGAAGAAGAUCGGGAAUCCGAUCCCGAUUACCAAGGAUCGGAGGACGCCGAGUCGGAGGAGGCUAGUUCAGGGCGAGCGGAAUCAGAGGAAGAAGAAGGUAAAGUGGGGGAGUCAAGCGGCCCCGACGAGCUGAGCUGGGAGGAAGGAGAGGCUGUGGCGCAGAGGAGACGGGCGGCAGUGGAAGAAAAGCGGCCGAUCGAAGAAUCAGGAGGGCCACCACCGCAACUGCUGCAGGAUGAUCCGGGACGCAAUCCUGAACUGCUGCGGGAGGAAGACAAACGAGAUGGAGGCGCCAUCGCGGAGGGAUUAAGAAGCCGGCGCCUCCGAAGAAGUCAAUCGCCCUCCCAAUCCUCCCCAGUUUGACCCGCAACCCUUCGUUUACGUCGAGAUGCGGGCGCUC